AUGCAAAUUAAAUCAGCGAUCAUCUUAACAUGGAUGGUCCUUGGGAUCCAGGCGUUUUUAUUGCCGCUCUUCUAUUCUCAAUCUCCAUUCUUUUCCGGCAAGUCGUCUGAAAGAAUCGAGAGAGAGGACUUUAACGUAUGGUUAAAUCAGCAGAAAGACAUUGCUUUCAAUCAUAUUUUAGACAAUAUAGGUGGAAUUUCGCCUGUUUUGAAUACCAAAGAUGUUCCAGUCGGUGUUGUUAUUGCCUCCCCUUCAAAGGUACACCCUAACUAUUUUUAUCAGUGGAUCAGAGAUUCUGCCUUGACUAUUAGGUCUUUGGUUUAUAGAUUAGAAGACUCGGACUUCACUGAAUUGAAUCUUGCUUCUACUAUAGAGUCUUAUAUUGCAAAUAACUAUCACUUGCAAAGAUUAGAUAACUGGUCUGGUAAGUUGAAUGUCGCUACUGGUGACUACUCGGGUUUAGGUGAACCUAAAUUCCACGCAGACUUAACGGCAUUCAAAGAAGUAUGGGGAAGACCUCAAACUGAUGGUCCAGGUCUUAGAGCUACCACCAUAACCAUUUACUUGAACUCAUUGGAGAAGCACAAUCGUCAACCUGAACAUGAACUUUUGCUCAGCAGAGAAUUCAUUUACCACGAAAUUGUCAAGCCUGAUUUACAUUAUAUUUUGCAAUACUGGAAUUCAUCAGGAUUUGACCUUUGGGAAGAAGUUAACUCUAUGCAUUUCUUCACCAGUAUCACUCAAUUGAGGGCGCUCAAGGAUGGGUUGGCUUUAUACGAGAAGUACGAUAACAAGGACCCCGAAUUAUUUGAAAAAUUGAAUGCUACUUAUGAGAAUCUAAAAAAUUAUAUUGUUAAUGAAUCAGGUUACACUCAACCAGGUCUCCCAUAUAUCGUGGAAACCCCAAGUUUACUCUACACGGGUAAAAGGUCUGGUUUAGAUGCUGCCACGUUUUUGGGAGCAUUACACUCUCACUCUCUUGAAAACAAGGAACUUUUGGAUUUGUAUGCUGAUAUCCCAUUCGAUGUUAGCGAAAGUCAUAUAUUAAACUCAUUUAGGGCUAUGGUCGCCGACAUGAAAUACAGGUACCCCUUGAAUAGAUAUAGACCAGGUUGGGGUGUUGCUCUUGGAAGAUACCCUGAAGACAUUUACGAUGGUUAUGUGACAACAGAAGGUAACCCGUGGUUCAUUUCUACAGCAUCUGUUGCUGAGAUGCUAUUCAGGAUGGUUUACAAACUAAACUAUUAUAAGGAAGACUUGGUAAUUUCCAAGGAAGCUAGAGAUUUUUACAAACAAUUCAUUGACUUGGUGGGAGGUGAUGAUAAUGAAGAUAACGAGAUAAUUUUUCCUUAUGGAUCACCAGAGUUCAAUGCUGUGUCUGCUAAUCUUGCAGAUUAUGCUGAUUCUUUCUUGGAGAUCAUCAAGGACCAUGUUGACGAUUCUGGUAGAAUGAGUGAACAAUUUAACAAAUACUCAGGCUAUAUGCAAGGUGCUGAAGAUUUAACUUGGAGUUAUAGUUCAAUUUGGAACUGUAUUAGAUGGAGAUCUAAGGCUUUAGAGGUGUUAUAA